AGUAAAUACAGAAAGCCCCAAGAUGGCGGAGUCACUGAGCUUCAUUCACUUUGGUGCAGCGACCAAAAGCCCGCUCGCCAAAUCUAAAGAACCGAAACUAGAGUCGGACACCCGGCCGCAGUCUUCCCGGGACAUUCACCCGCCGCCGCCCAAGCGAGUCCGAAACGACGAGAAGAGCCUUAAACCUAAGAAACUAAAUGGGGAAGGAGGUGCAGGGGGAGGUGGCGGCGCAGUGGAGAAGCAGCACCAGAAGCAGAGUUCAGGCAACCCGACAACAUGGAGCUUCAGCCCCGUCAAGGCGAGCAGCAACCCCUCGGCGCCCCUCCAGCCUCCCAUUCACACAGUGUUCAAGCAGAGCGCUUUCCUCGCCUCCCAUACCAAACCACCAUCCAAAAAGCCCAAGGAAAAACGAGAGAAAGAGAAGGAUUUCAAGGAAAAGAAGAAACAUAAACCAGUCCCUGGUACUCCUGGAAAUAUUAGCAGCAGUCUGAGUAACGUCACUACUGUAAUGAAGAAGGAGAACGGGGAGAUGAAGUUGGUCCAAAAAGACCACACCAGUAAGGACAAGACGAAGAAGAAGAAACACAAAGUGAUGAAUGAGAUCAAGAGGGAGAACGGAGAGGUGAAGCUCCUUCAGAAAGACAAGCAGAAACCCCAAAUAAACUCAGAGGAGCUCCAGAUUAAGAAGGUGAAGAAGAAAAAGAAGAAGAAACACAAAGAGAGUGAGAGGGAGAAGUGGAAACGGCCCAAGAUGUACAGCAGGUCCAGCCAGACCGUGUGUGCUGGUCUCCUCUCUGAGCUCCACGCAGGCCUGGCCUCCAAACAACAGCACCACCAACACCACCACCACGGCCACACAGAGUUCAAACCCCCGCUCCCCGUCCACCACACCUCCACCACCUCAUCCAUCAAACAGGAGAACUGUUACAGCCCCUCUCCAACUCUGUCCCUCUCCAAGCCCCUAUGGAGCAGCAGCAAUAGCAGUAGCAGUAGCAUAAGCAGUUGGGACCCAGCUUCCCCCAUGACAUCCCCCCUCCAGAUGCCCCAGCCACGGUGCCCCCAGCCUGGCUUUGAGAACCUGGAGUUCGCCCGCUUCAUCCACGUAGAGGAACAACCCAACGGUGGAGCCCUGGUGGCACACGCCUACUGCAGCGAGCUCUCGGCCCUGUCUCCAGCGGAGAUGCAGCUGUUCGCCCAGGAGUUUGUUACCCUGGCCUUCAGUGAGGACACGUCAUCCCAGGCAGCUCAUUACGUCAUGGGCAUCAUCCACGGGGCGGCCUCCUACCUGCCAGACUUCCUGGACUACUUCUCCUGGAAGUUCCCCUCGUCACCGGUCAAGAUGGAGAUCCUGGGGAAGAAGGAUAUAGAGACCACCACCAUGCUCAACUUCCACAAUCAGGUAAAGAGAACGUACAGCCACGGGACGUACCGGGCAGGUGCCAUGCGUCAGAUCAGUCUGGUGGGGGCAGUGGACGAGGAGGUGGGGGAUUACUUCCCAGAGUUCAUCUCUAUGCUGGAGGAGUCGCCCUUCCUAGAGCGGACGUUACCGUGGGGUACGUUCUCCAGUCUGAAGCUGAAGAGUCCAACAGAGAGUGACGACGGGCCCAUCAUGUGGGUACGACCUGGGGAACAGAUGAUCCCUGUUGCUGACAUACCAAAGUCUCCCUACAUAAGGAGAAGGUCAACCAAUGAGAUCAAGAACCUGCAGUACCUACCUCGGGCCAGCGAGCCUCGUGAGAUGCUGUUUGAUGACCGGACGCGUGCCCACGCUGACCACAUAGGACAGGGCUUCGAGAGGCAGACCACCGCCGCUGUAGGGGUGCUCAAGGCCGUGCGCUGUGGAGAGAGUGCGGAGCCCCCUCGCGUUACCAAAGACGUGAUCUGUUUCCAUGCUGGAGACUUCCCUAACGUAGUCCAGAGGUUACAACUGGACCUUCACGAACCGCCUCUGUCCCAGUGUGUGCAGUGGGUGGACGAUGCUAAGCUGAACCAGCUGAGACGCGAGGGGAUCCGCUACGCCCGUAUCCAGCUGUACGACAACGACAUCUACUACAUCCCUCGUAGUGUGGUCCAUCAGUUCAAGACUGUCUCUGCUGUCUGCAGCCUGGCAUGGCACAUCCGCUUAAAACAAUACCACCGAGAGCCUCCAGCCGAGGAGGAGAGGAAGGUGGACGUGUCGACGCUACGAGUCAAACAGGAGGAGUUUGGGGAUGCCUUGAUGGGAGGGACCACAGCUCCUCUCACGGACCCCAAACCCCCCAAAGACAGAGACACUGCAGACCCGGAGGUCAAAGUGGAAUCUCAACCUGCGGAUAUAAGGCUGCCCAAGCCCUCGGUCACCUCACCCAUCGCCCCCCUACCAGCUCCCAUCACCCCCCUAACUCCCUCCAAAUCAUCUUUGCAGGACACCAAGCCCAAAUCACAUCACCAUCAUCCCCACUACUACCACCACCAUCAUCAUCAUCACUCAGAAUCACAUCAAACCACUACCACACACUCUUCCUUGUCUUCCUCACUCAAACCCUCCCCCACCUCCACCCCCCCAUCCUCUCCCAAACCCAGUCCGUCAUACUCUCGUACCCCCUCUCCCAAAUCUAGCCCCACUUCUACACACUCUCCCUCCUUCAAACCCAGCCCGGCUUCCACUCGUACCCCCAGUCCCUCUCUCUCACGCAAACCCUGCCACACCCCUACCCACACCCCUAUCCCUACCCACACCCUUACCCACACCCCUACCCAUAUCCCUACCCUUACCCACACCCCUAUCCCCUUUUUGACGCCCUCCCCUGCGCCCCUUCUAUCUUCUUCAAGCCUGGCCUCCAGCCACACAGAGAGCAGGACCCCUACGCCCCAGUUCCGGCCCCAACCCCAGCCCAGACCGGACAAAGCCAAGGACAAAGACACUUCUCUUUACCCAAAGGCCCCAGUCACCCCCCCGGAAACACGGCCUCCUGGCCCCCCACACCACUCCUCCCUCUCCUUUAAACACCACCUGCAUGAGCAGCAGCAGAAAGACUGUUUCUACUGAUCUUUGUACAUAGUGUUUUUAAAUGGCUCUUUGGGGUCCUGUUUUAAUCCGAUCUAAAGGAAGGAGAAGACAGAAAUAAAACAUGGUAUCAACACGGUGUGUGAUGUAUUCUAAGGAACACGUAAAGCUCUGUUGGUCUGCAUCCUAAAUGGCGCCCUAUUCCCUAUAUAGGGAUCUACUUUGUGACCAGGGCCCAUAGGAGAGAUCUGUUCAAAAGUAGUGCACUAUAUAGGAAACAGGGUACCCUUUAGGAUGCACCCUUGCUCUGUUCUGUUACCGAAUGAAUACAUUGCAAAUGUAACAUUCCUCAGUGCCUGUCCAUAACUGUGUAGCCUGGUCCCAGAUCAGUUUGUAUUGUCUUGUCUCAUUGUUGACCGUAGUUGGAGUUGGCUUGGCAAGAACGCAUAAACUGAUCUGGGACUCAGGCUAAUAUCUGUGAACUGUCAAAGCACUUAGGGCCAGAAACACUGGUACUCUGCAGGUCUGACAAACAUACAGGUCCUUAAAUAAUAUAUUUUAGUUUUAGGUUAUAGAUCGAUUAUUAUUAGAGCUGACAUUAACAUAUAUAUAUUUUUUGUAAGAUGAUGAGAGACAUUAUUUUAAAGGAUUACUCCAGGCUGUUUUUUGUUCCCCCUCAGAGGCUUAUUUAUAUCAAGGAAGCUUUUAGUUUUCAUAAUUUUUGUUUGAUUUUAAUUGUCAGCACUGUAGUGUAAAUAACUUUUUGUAAGGAGAACAACUUGUAGUGUGAUUUCUACAUAAAUAUGGACCUCUUAAUAAAGGGUAACGUUAUGAGUGA